AUGUCUGAAGCCCAGCUCCUAAUACAUGUUCAUUUUCUUUUGUUUUCCAUUUGGGCCUCCUCAGUGCUAAGUGUACAUCAGGGUGAACUGAUGGAAAAACCAACAGAACCGAAUGGAUCUCUCAGUACCUCGGAAGAGUUUCUUGACACUCAAAGACGGAGUUCUUACAAAAUGGGCGAAGUAAUCUUCAUUGCGAUUGUAACGGGAUCUCUGAGUGUGGUAACCCUCGUGGGGAACGUUCUCGUCAUUAUUUCUAUUAAAAUAAACAGGCAAUUGCAAACUAUUAACAACUAUUUCAUUUUCAGCUUAGCCUGCGCUGAUGUCACUGUUGGAGUAACCAUGAAUCUAUUCACCAUUUACAGUCUCCUUGGCUACUGGCCUCUGGGUCCGGUGGUGUGCGAUUUAUGGCUUGCUGUCGAUUACAUUGUCAGCAAUGCCUCUUCCAUGAAUCUUCUUAUCAUCAGCUUUGACCGCUACUUCUGUGUGACGAAACCCCUUAGCUACCCCGUAAGGAGGACACCAAAGGUUGCAGGCAUGAUGAUCGCAGCCGUUUGGGUGGUGUCAUUUAUUGUAUGGGCUCCUGCCAUUCUGUUCUGGCAGCUCAUCGUAGGGCAGAGAACAGUCAGUGAAGGAGAAUGUUAUAUACAGUUCUUGUCCAAUCCUGCUGUCACUUUCGCCACUUCAAUAGCUGCCUUCUAUCUGCCAGUCACCAUCAUGGUGAUAUUAUAUGUGUUCAUAUCACGGGCUAGCAAAAGUCGAAUGAACGUGGAUAAAAAAGAGCCUGGAUCUAAUAAGGAACCAGUUUACCCCAACCAAGAGGUGGGUAAGGUGCUGAAAUCGAAUCCGAGCAACAUAUCUAAUGCUUCUGUUAGGCUGCCACAAGUGAAAAUGCCAAAAGGUACUAUAAUCUAUGGAAGAAUAAUUGAUCAUUUCGAUGAAAGAGAGGAGGUGUGCUUGG